CCCCCCCCCCGUCCCUUCUCCCCCUUCCGUUUCCCGCGGAAGCCCCUCCCUGUUAGCCGUUAGCCGCUGAGCUCCGUAGCCGGACGACAGGAGGAGUAGCCGGGGAAUCUGAGGAGAAAAACACGGAGCAGAGGAGGACAUGAGCCCGGCGGAGGACAGCAGAGGACCGCGGUGACCGGACAGCGAGCCUGCCGCCGAAAACAGCCGCUUCCCGGACCAUGCACUGACCCCUCGCUCGCCCCCGCUGUUAGAGAGAGAGAGAGAGAACGAUCCAGAAUGGGGUUUGGUCGGGACCUGAGGAAUUCCCACGAGGGAUUACUGAAGCUGCAGGACUGGGAGUUAAAGCUGCUGGAGACGGUGAAGCGCUUCAUGACGCUGCGAGUGAAGAGCGAUAAAGAAUACGCCGCCCUGCUGCUCAGCAUGACUCAGCAGACGGAGAAACAGGAAGCUGCUGAUUACGUCAGCACGGUCAGCAAGUCCUGGUCUCAGGUGAUCCGUCAGACCGAGGCCCUGGGUCGGGUCAUGAGGAGUCACGCUGAUGAUCUGAACUCUGGUCCUCUGCACCGCCUGGCUACGCUGAUCCGGGACAAGCAGCAAGUGAAGAAGAGCUACCAGAGUCUUCAUCAGCAGCUGGAGAGCCAUAACCACAAGGUAACCAGGAGUGACCUGGACAAGCUGAAGGCGACGUACCGCCAGCUGAGCCGUGACGCUAACAACGCCAAGGAGAAGUACCGCGAGGCUCUGGCUAAAGGCCGGGAGGCAGAGCGUGCCCGGGAGCGUUAUGACAAAGCAACGGCAAAGCUCCACAAUCUCCACAACCAGUACGUGUUGGCGGUGUGCGGCGCUCAAACGCAGCAGGACGAACACCGGCGGCGUGCUGCACCAGCGCUGCUCGACUCUCUGCAGAGGAUGCAGGAGGAUAUGACGCUUGCCCUUAAAAGUAUCCUUGAGGAGUACUGUGAGAUCAGCAGCCUGCUGACGGAGGACAUUGUUAAAGUCCACCAGGAGAUCUCGGCCGCUGUGGAGCAGAUCGACCCGCUGACGGAGUACCAGCACUUCAUCGACACCUACAGGUCUCCGGAGACGCCCGAGGCAAACGUGGAGUUUGACGCAUCUCUAUUGGAGGAGACAGACAAUCUGCCUGCCAAUGAGAUCCUCUGGAACACGCUGACAGCCGACAGCCUACAGGCCAUGUUGUCGUCGGCGACGGAGGAGCUGGAGCUGACUCAGCAGAAUCUGCGGACGAAGGAGGCGCUGGCGGACGACCUCGAUGCCAGAAUCCAGACGAGUCAGCAGAACGCAGAGAGGAAGAGCGACUGUGUCCUGCUGCUCAGUCAGAAGCUCUCUCUGCUCGAACUUCAUCACGCCGUCCAAUCGCUACACGGCUCCGAGGCCCGCCUCGUUUCCCAGAAGGCUCUGCUGGACGCCAAGAUGGCAUCCGCUGCCGCCUCGCCACCUCCGCCGCCGCCUCCUCCUGCGCUGCCGUAUGAGGACGACACCCGCUCCGUCGGAUCCACAGAUAAAACCAAGGACAGGAGCUCUCGCUUCGACACCCUCCGCAACUCUCUGGUCGGGAUGAUCCGCACCCCCAAAGCCAUGUUGGGCUCCUCCACAUCGCAGUUCUUCGAUGUGAUCCCGACCUCGGAGCGCCCCCUGCCGGAGCAGGAGUGGUAUCACGGCGCCAUCCCCCGCACUGAGGCUCAGGAGUUACUACGGCAACAGGGAGACUUCCUGGUGAGGGAGAGUCACGGUAAACCGGGCGAGUACGUCCUGUCGGUGUUUUCUGACGAGCAGAGACGACACUUCAUCAUCCAGUUCGCCGACAGUCAGUACCGCUUUGAAGGGACGGGCUUCUCCACCAUCCCUCAGCUCAUCGAGCAUCACUUCUCCACCAAGCAGGUCAUCACCAAGAAGUCCGGAGUGGUGCUGCUCAACCCCGUCGUCAAGGAUAAAAAGUGGAUCCUGAACCAUGAGGACGUGGUGCUGGGGGAGCUGUUGGGAAAGGGAAACUUUGGCGAGGUGUUUAAAGGGACGCUGCAACGCGACAAAAUGCCAGUCGCCAUCAAAACGUGUAAAGAAGAUUUACCGCCAGAGCUGAAGAUCCGGUUCCUGUCCGAAGCCAGGAUCCUGAAGCAGUACGACCACCCGAACAUCGUAAAGCUGAUUGGCGUCUGUACGCAGCGACAGCCGAUCUACAUCGUCAUGGAGCUGGUUCCUGGUGGAGACUUUUUGUCCUUUCUGAGGAAGAAGAAAGACGAGCUAAAGACGAAGCAGCUGGUUCGGUUCUCUGUCGACGCUGCUGCCGGCAUGGCGUACCUGGAGAGCAAGAACUGCAUCCACAGGGACCUGGCAGCGAGGAACUGUCUGGUGGGAGAGGGCAGCGUGUUGAAGAUCAGUGAUUUUGGGAUGAGUCGUCAGGAAGACGACGGGAUUUACUCUUCAUCUGGACUCAAACAGAUCCCCAUCAAAUGGACUGCUCCAGAGGCUCUCAACUACGGGCGUUACAGCUCAGAGAGUGAUGUGUGGAGUUACGGCAUCCUCCUGUGGGAGACCUUCAGUCUGGGGGUGUGUCCUUAUCCUGGGAUGACCAAUCAGCAGGCCCGAGAGCAGGUGGAGAAAGGUUACAGGAUGGCGUGCCCUCAGCGUUGCCCUGAAGACGUAUACAAAGUUAUGCAGCGCUGCUGGCAGUAUAACCCUGAAGAGCGGCCCAAGUUCUCCGAGCUGCAGCGAGACCUGGCCGCCAUCAAGAAGAAGUGAUGACAUCAUCACACACCUUGCCGCCGCCGCUGCCAUUAAGAACUGAUGACGCCAUCACGCACCUCGCCUCAUCAGCAUCAGUUUAGCCCCGUCCUCAGCAGCAGAAGAGUUCCCUUUUUCAGGCUUCUUUGUGGUGGGUGUGGUCAGCAGGUGGAGGUGAUGCAACAAGAAGUAUUUUUAAAAUGUUUCGGGGGAAACACAAAAAAGCAGAAAGGCUGCGCCACCUGAUGAGCAGCUGAACAAACAUUUAAAUCAGACAGGUUGACCUGCUGCUGUUAACAUGUAGCUGAUGUUGGAACUCGUUAAACUAUAACUCACGUGUGAAGGACGCCUCGAGGUUAGCACGGACAAAGCUAGCAUCUGAAAACACGUCGACACUACAGCCAGCCUGUUGGUCAAACAGGAAGUUUGCUCAUCGAGCUAACGACUUACCAGAUGCUAAUAAGUUCAGACGCGGUCACAUACUGAUCAGGACGCGAUGACAGAAGCCCCUAAUCUUUCUUUAAAGAGAAUUUUAAACCUCCUUUCAGCUGAAAAUCAGACGUCUUCAUGGUUAGAUGUCUGUAGAGCGCCAUGACCCCUAGCGUUUCACACAAGGUCACAUUCACACCCUCAACAGCCUCCAGGAGCAGUUUGGGGUUCAGUAUUUUGCCCAAGGACACUUUGUCAUGCAGACCGGGGGAGCCGGGGAUCGAAGCACCGACCUGCUGAUAAGUGGACGACCCCCUGAGCCACAGCCGCCCCGUUCUGCAGUCACAUGAUGUAACUGUAACGUCUUUUUACAGGCCGAAGCUGAAAGCAGUGACGUCGGCUGUCUGAGCCGUUAGCUUAAAGGCUAACAUGUGUUUCCAUGUCAUGCUGGUGCUGAAGUGACUCGUAGGCUCAGAGAGGUUCGGGUCCAGAUGCUGCAGCCAAACUCCUUCGGCUCAGACUGUAACACCAGGUGACACCACGAAGGAUCCGAGGACUCCCGCCGACCCCCUUGGUUUCUAACAGGAAGCCGAAGUCUCUGAAAUCUGCUCAGGUUCAGUUUAUUAUCUGAUUUGUUACAAACCAACCACCUGUAGUCGGUGCAAGCUAACAGAUUAGCUUGCAGGUGUUAGCGGCCUGUGUAAUGAGCCUCUAAUGCUACAGUUUAUCAUCAGCGUCUCAGAGCUCAGCUGAUUGGAUAGGAGGAACAGACCUCUCUUCCUGUUUCUGUUGAUCAGCUGACAUGCAGCGUGUGUGUUUGUGCGUUUGUGUGUGUCAGCAGGAAGCUUUAAUGAACCGUUGUCAUUCCCAGAGCGUCUCAGCUACGCUUUGUACCGGCGCACACGGCAGCGUUAUAGUUCAACGCUAAAAGUCCCACAGAAGAGUCCAAGGAGGUGUCCGGGCUGGACGGUGGGCCAGAAACCGGACCUUCACCCUUGGGGCCCGUCUUUGUUUCCCACGUGAAACAAAAAGUCAGCUUUGGUUCCUUUUACUUAUGUUAAGUUCUCUACUUUAAGUCAGGCGGUUAUUUUAACCCAAACCCUGAUCUUUUCCUAAACAAAUUGCAACGCUUCACGUUAAACACUAGUUUUAUUUUGAAAGUCUAACAGGAUGUAUGUGCAUAUUUAUUCUUGAUAACUUGACCGUGGCGCCCUACAUGUACAGGCGCCCACACGUGACGCCCUGUGAUGAGAAGGUGUUGGACCUGAAGUCCGGAGCCUCGAACACUCAAAUCGUUUCAACACUAAAAAAAAUUCUGACACUUUUACUAAAUAAGCUAAAAAGGAUUCGAGCCACGCCCCCCUGUCACUGCGGUAACCAUAGCAACAGCUCAAACACUAAAAACGUUUCUGCUGCUGAGGACCAAUCAGCUGUCAGCACCAACACUGUUUCUACUUUUAUUUAUUUAUGUUUUGACUUUAUAAACUGACCUUUAUUCUGAAAAAACAGCUGUCAAUCAUCACACAGACCACGCCCACUCUGAUCUUUGUUGUUUUAAGGAAAUGUUUUUGACCAAUCAGAGACUUCAAUUAUUUUGUUGUUUCUAAAAGUUAAUUUGCUUUAUUAAAGCAUUAAAUUUAUAAAAAUAAAAUGACAUCAUCGGCACUUAUAUCUCCUGGUUGUCGUGGUAACUGAAAUGAUGUUGGACCCUUAAAAUGUUUAAAAAAGACAAAGUUUAAUAUAAGUAUCUGUGUAAAUGAAAGGUGAGUCCUGAUUGGUCAACAUCACUUCCUGGACUGUGUGAGGGCGGAGCCUAAGUGUUAGUGAUGUCAGAGCGCCGCCUACUGUUACUGUAAAUAAACAGAUGUUUUCUGACUUUUUAACACUAAUUGUCUUUUAUAUCUGUUGAAACUUUAUAAAAACAUUAUUGUAGCAUUUAUUAUGAAAAUAAACAAAUCAUAUGAUCAAA